AAUUAAUCUUUAUUGUUUCACGUGAACGUUUUUGACCAAGGAAGCUGAAAUUGACAAUAAACCCAAAUGAUUAGCUACUUUAGGCUUCCAGUUAUCUCGUGGCACUUCUCGGUCUGUCCACACAUGAGCUGAGAGUACAGACGAAUAGAGAGAGCACCGUUCAGGGCGAGAGGAGGACAAGAAGAAAAUCAGAAGGAAGUAUCGAGAUGGAUGAUUCGCCUCCAGCUCGAGAAUAGAGCUACCGAGUGACCGGAGAGAAAGAAUGCCACACCCUAUAAGAGCUGGUGACUCUAAGACACAGACGACUCCUUUGACUCAUGAAACAGCUGAUCUCUGGAUGUUUCGGAGAAGACAAAAAAUACAUCCUUUGUCCUCCUCAUGGUUAAUUCAUUCCGUUAGAGAGAGACAGCACAUCUAACCAUUUCACUGAUCACUUCAAGGAACCUGAAUAAAUUUAAGAAACACACGCAGUACACAAUGAACAUUCUCUCAGCCAUUAUUGUAUUUGAAAACCUCCAUGAGGUUAGGCGGCUCUGUCACUGGGGUCCGAUCAUUGCACUUACUGUCAUUGCUGUGUGCUCUUCCAUGGCCAUACUGGACUCCAUUAUCUGGUACUGGCCCCUGGACACCACUGGUGGCAGCAUUAACUUUAUUAUGCUCAUCAACUGGACGGUCCUUAUUCUCUACAACUACUUCAACGCCAUGUUUGUGGGUCCUGGAUAUAUUCCUUUAGGGUGGAAACCGGAAAAUCAACAAGACACAAUGUACUUACAGUUCUGUAGAGUGUGUCAAGGAUAUAAAGCUCCAAGGUCUCACCACUGCAGAAAGUGUAACAGGUGCGUGAUGAAGAUGGACCACCACUGCCCCUGGAUCAACAACUGUUGCGGACAUCUGAAUCAUGCCUACUUCACUACUUUCCUCCUUCUGGCCCCAUUGGGAUGCACACACGCUGCUUUUAUCUUCAUCAUGACAAUGUACACCCAGUUGUAUGACCGGAUCUCUUUUGGUUGGAGCUCAGUGAAGAUAGACAUGAGUGCCGCACGACGCAUCCACCAUCCCAUAAUGCCAUUCAGCGUGGCAUCUUUUGCAGCCACCCUCUUUGCCUUGGGACUGGCCCUUGGCACCACUAUUGCUGUGGGCAUGCUGUUUUUCAUACAGAUUAAAGUAAUUAUGCGAAACAAAACCUCAAUUGAAGUAUGGAUCGAGGAGAAGGCCAAAGACAGAAUCCAGUACUACCAAACUGGAGAGGAGUUCAUCUUCCCUUAUGAUCUCGGCAGUCGGUGGGAGAACUUUAAGCAGGUGUUCACCUGGUCUGGAACCCCAGAGGGAGAUGGCAUUGAGUGGCCUGUUAAUGAGAAGUGCCACCAGCAUACUCUAACUAUUGAGCAACUAAAACAAAAAGCAGACAAGCGUGUGAGAAGUGUCCAGUACAGAGUUGUGGAGAACUAUAAUGGGGCCUGCUGCCCACUGAGAAAGGGGUUUAACACAUUUCUUAGGACACCUUGUACAGAGGAACCCAGGAUCCAGCUUAGUAAAGGGGAGACCAUCUUUGCCACAAGAGGAACAAAGUGGUGGAUGUAUGGGGACAAAGUUUUGGAUGAGGAGCAGACUAAAGCUGCGGUUCGUGUGAGAGGAUGGUUUCCACGGCGAUGCGUGGAAAAGUGUCUCUAUGACUCGGCAAACAAUACAUCAGCAAGUGAAGAAAAGAAAGACAAAUAAAGUGGUAAUUUACUUUACUGUACUGGUCGGCUUGUGUAGGGACGUCCUGUGGUCUGAUUUACUGACUGGGCACCUUCUUGUAUUUCUGUUGAUGGCUGAUGCCUGAGAUACUCAUGUUACAGGAAGUAGAAAUGCAAAUAGAGGAGCUUUCCAGCAAUGUCUGCUUUCUGACUGAAGCGUUUUAAGGGCAGUCUUAGUCUGCAUCACCAGAUAGUAAAGCAAAUAACUCUUUAAACCAGCAAAUUCCGCUUCCUUAAGUGAACUUGUGUACCUCUGUAACAUCUCCAAAGACAAGUUAAUAAGUGAAAUGUGGUGAGGAAGGAAACUGUCAUUUUUCAUGAGUUGAUGAUUUGGGGCACGUUUUUAGGAUUUGAGCGAAUGUUUACUUGAAUUUGUUGUUCUCUCUCUUUCUCUUUUCUCUCUUUUUUUGUCCACACUGUUUAUGCAAUGCCUUUGCCAGUUGUAACAAGUUCUUAGUCAUGCAAUUUCUCUGUAUU